UCUGGGUGUCUAAUACAGUGGAAAAUCAAAGUGCGAGCCUCCCCACUUCACACACCUCCUGUGUCUCGCAUGGAGCGCAGUGAAGAGAGAGCCGCUGUCCUCACACACAAUCCACUUAAAGUUAGCAAAUAUGUUGCAAAGUUACAUAUGAGGACGUCGUCGCUUUAAAGCUGUGACUUUCAUGCGUAUUCCUACAAUGUCUGGCUGACGUGACUUUUACGCACGACAGUAGAAAUGAAUCAGAGACUCUCCAGAGGCAGCUGGGUGCCAGUGACCGGGCUUGUCAUCUCCCUGCUUCUGUGUGCCUGCGUGGUGGACUUGGUGCUGGCGCAAAUUCGCUACUCCAUCCCCGAGGAGCUGGAGCACGGAGCCUUCGUGGGCAACAUCGCAGAGGACCUGGGCUUGGAUGUGGCCAAGCUGUCCGCGCGUCGCUUCCGAAUUGUCUCCGGAGCCAAGAAGCAGUAUUUAGAAGUGAAUUUGGAGAACGGGAUUUUGUUUGUUAAUGAGAAAAUAGACAGAGAGGAGCUUUGUGAGCGCAGCCCCAGCUGUUUUUUACACCUGCAAGUCGUCAUUGAAAAUCCUUUAGAGCUCUACAGAGUGGAAGUGGAGAUUUUAGACGUGAAUGACAACUCUCCCAGUUUCCCGUGGAGCGAAUUUAACAUAGACAUCACGGAAUCGGCUGCGCCCGGCUCCUGCUUCCCGUUAGAGAGCGCGCAGGACCUGGAUGUGGGCACCAACUCUCUGCGCUCGUACCAGCUCGGCGCAAACGAGCACUUCAUCCUCAACAUACAGACGCGCAACGACGGGAGCAAGUUUGCAGAACUAGUGCUGGACACCCCUUUGGACCGGGAGCGCCAAAAGAAACACGAGAUGGUUCUGACAGCUUUUGACGGCGGAUCACCGGAGCGCUCCGGAACCGCCUUGAUCACUAUCACGGUGCUAGACGCGAACGACAACGUCCCCGUGUUUGAUCGCUCCGUGUACCGGGCUAGCCUAGUGGAGAACGCACCGAGGGGGACACUGGUGCUGAAGCUGAACGCCACCGACUUGGAUGAGGGCUCCAACGGGGAGGUGACAUACGCCUUCAGCGGGCACGCGCCUCUCAAAGUGCGAGAGCUUUUCAGCGUGGACCCGUACACGGGUGAGAUCCGCGUCAAGGGCGUUGUGGACUACGAGAAAGCGAGCGUGUAUGAGCUUUACGUGCAGGCGAGGGACAGGGGACCCUCGGCCGUGGCUGUGCACAGCAAAGUACUGGUGGACAUCGUGGACGUGAACGACAACACCCCGGAAGUCAUCCUCACGUCCGUGUCCACCCCGGUGCUGGAGGACGCACCACCUGGCACAGUAAUUGCUGUGAUCAGCGUCAUGGACCAGGACUCGGGUGAGAACGGGAACGUGGACUGUCAAAUCCCCAACAACGUCCCCUUCCAGCUGCACUCCUCCUUUAAAAACUACUACACUUUGGUCACAAGUGAGGUUUUGGACAGAGAGGCGGUGUCGGAGUACAACAUUACCCUCACGGCUCGCGAUCUCGGCUCACCAUCUCUGUCCACGAGAAAAACCAUCCUGGUGCAAGUGUCUGACAUUAAUGACAACCCCCCGCGGUUCUCGCAGCCUUCGUACACUGUCUAUGUGACUGAGAAUAACGCCCCCGGCGCUUCUAUUUGCACCGUGACUGCCUUCGACCCCGAUUCCAACCAGAACGCCUAUCUGUCUUAUUCUAUUCUCGAGGGUCAAAUUCAGGGCAUGCCCGUGUCCACUUACGUAUCAAUUAAUUCAGACAAUGGCAACAUUUACGCAUUACGCUCCUUUGAUUAUGAGCAACUUAGAAACUUUCACAUUCUUGUGCAAGCUCAGGACGCCGGUUUCCCUCCAUUAGCCAGCAAUGUGACGGUGAAUGUUUUUGUUUUGGACCAGAAUGACAACGCACCCAUCAUUGUGUCCCCACUGCCCAAAAACGGCACCGUGGCCACGGAGGUCGUCCCUCGCUCUGUAGAUGCUGGUUAUCUUGUCAUUAAGGUGACGGCGCUCGAUGCAGACGCGGGACAAAACUCGCGGCUGUCAUAUCAGGUGAUGCAGGCUACAGAUCCAGGGCUGUUUAGCGUGGCUCUGUACACGGGGGAAAUCAGGACUAUUCGCAGGCUGGUGGACAAAGACGCAUACAGACACAGGCUAGUUAUACUGGUGAAGGACAACGGGCAGCCUCCUCUCUCUGCCACCGUCUCAGUUGUCCUCACGGUGGUGGACAGCGUGCCUGAGUCCCUAUCCGACUACGGUGACCUCACCCUCAGCCCACAGCCCACGUCAAACCUCGCCCUGUACUUGAUCGUGUCGCUUAGCACCAUAUCUUUCAUCUUCCUGGUGGCUAUCAUCGUCCUGGCCGCGGUCAAGUGCUACAAGGACCGAGAAACUCUGAGUGGCUACAACCUGCCCCCCUUCGCUUGCUGCUGCUGCGGGGGCUUCCAGCCGGAGCCUCCCGCUGAAGUGUUCAAAAAAUCCAACCUCAACCUGCAGAUUUCCUCCUCUGCCAACAAAGUGCCCACUAACUGCAUGGAGGUGAACGGGAGCAGCAGCAUGGCUCAGCCUUAUUGUUAUAAAGUGUGCUUGACCCCCGAAUCGGCUAAAAGUGACUUCAUGUUUCUGAAGCCGUGCAGCCCGAGCAGCACGCCGCGCAACAACGAAGCCAAGAGCGCGGAACACUCUUGGGGCGCGUCUGUGAACAACGGAGCGACCACCCCUAAUGAGCUGAAGCAGCCAAACACAGAUUGGACCCUCACAAAGAAUCAGAAUUCAUCCAUUAAAAGUUACAACUCCAUCAACAUGGAUGGGACUCUAAUGCGCAAGGCCAUGCAUGCAGACCCAGAAAACUACGUCACAUCCAUGGCACCUGGGCAGUACUGGACCUGGGGCACUCAUAUGAGAGGUCCAAAAGGAGAAUAUAAGAUGUCCCCAUCAACCAGUGGUGUCCCUUCCCGGCCGUGGACUCCGCGGUGCACCCCACCACCCCAGCAGCAGCAACCAUCCAACCACGCCCACCCUCACCCGCACCCGCCGCCCGACUACCACCACAACGUCUAUAUUCCUGGGACGCCGUCUGGCUUUUGCACGCUGAGACCCGCAGUGCAGCGCAGCGACUUGGACGUCCACAACUCCUUCUCCACCUUUGGCAAGAAGCGACGCCUCCAGAUGUCCCCCCAGGGGGAGGCUGCCAUGAUCAAUAACGAUCUGUACAAUGACUGACGUCUCACUGACAGUCUGAGCGGAUGAUUUGAGUGAUGGAUCACCUCAUGCGCAGGUUCAUUUGUUCCAUAAAUUAAUGAACAGUUGGCUUAUACGUGAUUUAACAUGUGAGCGAAUGAAGAUGGGAAUGAACUGCUGACUUGCUAAAAGGAGGUUUUGCAGUUAUUUAAGUGACAACAUGUGUCAGCAUAUUUUUUUUAUUACUAUCAUUAUUAUAACUGUUAAUUUAUAGACAAUCAAAGCGGAGGUGCAUCCAUCCAAUUGUAUUAAAAGCUUCAGUAGGCCAUUGUUUUGCACAUGUAUGGAUCUACAUAGAAAGUGUGUUUUUUGUAUCUACUUCAUGAUGUACUGUAUAUGCAGGCCACACAACAUGAGGCAAAAAAGAUGGGGGAUCACUCCUCAAACAUGUACUGUAAAUACAUUAAUGGAAAUAAAGUAUUUUUUCCAUAUGUCUCUUUUCAAGGAGCCUAUAAAGACGAGGGUGGUGGUUGCACCGCCUUAACCUUAAUCCUCCUGCAGUGUUACGG